AGCCAGAGGCAAAUAGAAUGGUCCAUCAACAUGGCGACUUCUAGUGAAGAUGAAGAUCGUCUCGAAAAUGAGCCCAAAACCACACAGGGGAAUGACCCUGAUGACGGUGAAGACAAGACGACUUUCAAAGAAUUGGGAGUUGUCGACGUUCUAUGCGAGGCUUGCGAAGCGCUGAAAUGGAGAACACCUUCGAAGAUACAGAAGGAAGCGAUACCCGUGGCUCUCCAGGGUCGGGAUAUCAUCGGUCUCGCCGAGACAGGAUCUGGGAAAACGGCGGCCUUCGCGUUGCCGAUCCUACAAGCGCUCCUGGAGAACCCCGCUCGACUUUUCGCAUUGAUUCUGACCCCGACGAGAGAGUUAGCUUUCCAGAUCUCUGAACAGUUCGAAGCUUUAGGUUCAACGAUCGGCAUCAAAAGCGCUGUGAUCGUCGGCGGAAUCGAUAUGAUGACUCAAGCGAUGAUGCUCGCCAAAAAGCCUCACGUCGUAAUCGCAACACCCGGCCGACUCAUUGAUCAUCUAGAGAACACGAAGGGUUUCACUCUGAAAAAUUUGAGAUAUCUCGUCAUGGACGAGGCCGACCGAAUCCUCAACAUGGACUUCGAAGAAGAGGUCGACAAGAUCCUUAAAGUCAUUCCACGAGAGAAUCGCCGGACUUAUUUAUAUUCAGCAACGAUGACGAAAAAAGUUGCAAAACUACAACGGGCUUCCCUCACCGAUCCCGUCCGAGUCGAAGUGAGCACGAAAUAUCAAACCGUCGACAAGCUUCAACAGUAUUAUCUUUUCAUUCCGGCGAAAUACAAGGAGGUCCACCUCGUGCACCUACUGCAGGAUUUGGCUGGGCAGAGUUUCAUCGUUUUCUGCGCGACCUGUAACGGAACUCAGAAGCUAGCGCUCAUGCUCAGAAAUCUCGGUUUCACUGCCAUACCCCUGCACGGACAGAUGUCUCAGGCGAAACGUCUGGGCGCUCUGCAGAAAUUCAAGGCCCAGGCUAGAAAUAUUCUCCUAGCCACGGACGUCGCAGCGCGAGGUCUCGAUAUUCCCCACGUUGACGUCGUCAUCAACUACGAUAUCCCGACCCAUUCAAAGGAUUACAUUCAUCGAGUUGGGCGAACAGCCAGAGCCGGAAGAUCCGGUAAAGCAGUGACUUUCGUGAGUCAGUAUGACGUUGAGCUCUACCAACGUAUCGAGCAUCUGAUCGGGAAACAACUACCGAAAUACGACGUUCUUGAGCGUGAAGUUCUCGUUCUCGAAGAACGGGUUCAAGAGGCCCAGAGGUUCGCCAGACAGGAGAUGAGAGAACUUGACGACAAGCGCAAAGAUUCGAAAAAGAAAAAACGUGCCGAUGACGAUGACCGAGAUGCCGAGAACGCGCCGGGUAUGAAAAAUAGGAUGAAGAAAUCGAAGCACAGGGAAUGA